CUCACAGUCACAGACCCAGCCGCACCAAGCCCAACCGAACCGAGCGAGCAUGUCGUGCCGCGGAAUUUAACGAGACGGCACCGCGCCGUGGGGGCGAUGCCGGGAGCAGAGGCGGAGGUCACGGGGCGGCAGCCGACGGCGUCCGAGCGGCGGCGCGUGUACCGCGACCUGGCGCUGUCGCUGCGGUGCGGGCUCCGGGACGCGGCCGCGGGGUUCUCGUUCCUCCGCCUGCGCGGCCUCCGCGCGCUCCUCCGCGCCCUCCACUCCACCGCCGGCACCGGCGCGAGCCUCUUCCCCGACUCCCAGACCCUUCGCGACCUCCGAGUAGUGCCGGUGCUUUUCGAGCACAGCCUGCGCAGGGCGAACGGCGACGCGGUGGUCACGGUCGGGCAGGUGCUGGGCAUCGAGCCGGCCAGGCUCAGGAACCCCGCCACGGACUCCGAGAUCGUGCUCGCGCUCAGGGUGCUCGAAGGUUGUUGCCUCCUCUGCCCGGACUGCGCCGCCACGGCGCACCGGUACAAUGCCGUCAAGGUAAUUCUGAAUAUACUGAUGACUCGGGGUAUCCUUGAGCAAAGAGCGUGUUUGGACACUCUUUUAGCAUUGCUGGUGAAUUGUUCAGAAAAUCUGAUGGAUUUCAAGGAACUAGAGGGGCUAAAUAAAAUUGCUGACAUUGUAAAAGACACAAAUAGGGAUGACCAUGUAAGGGUUAAAAUUGCAGAGUUUCUACUUCUUUACUCUGGAAGCACAAGAGAAAUGUAUGGUGUAGCCUCCAAGUCAAAUAUGCAAGAAGAUCUGAUAAAACUCUUCGGAGAAAACUGUGCAUCCUUUAUCUGCUCAAUGAACCUUUUCAGCUCAACUGUAGAUCCACAAGUGAGACAAUCUGAGCUGAGCUUUCUUGCGGAGCAUGUGUUGGAUUACAUGCAACCAAACUAAAGAGGACCAUCAGUAUGUUAUUGCCUCCACAUAUAUGCAGUAAUUCUAAGAAUUACGCUGAAAUACUCCAAAAGUUUAAUCUAUGUUUCCGAGUAAUCUGGGUAAUAUAAACCUUGUGUUU